AAUGGAGGGAAACCAACAGCUGCUGCAAGUCAUCCAUGAUAUGCGCUCGGAGAUCAUCAAGCUAGAGAGAGAGAACAGAGCUCUCCGUGGGGAACUUAAAUUCAGCGGGCAGAAGGGAGCCAAGCGAGAGGAGGCAACAGGAGAAGACCCUAGAAGAGAUGAAACCAGGAGCCUUUCUGACUCUGGGGAAGAGGCUGCUGGCAACCCAGUGGCUCUACGCAGAAAUGUCUCUGCUGGCUCCACUCUAAUGCUACAGGAGCAAAAAGGUAACAUUAUGACUGUCAGACGUUAUUCCAUCUCUUCAUCGGUGCCUUCACUUUCUGGCAACAAACAUCAUAAAACUGACAAGAGGAAUCCAUUCAAGGGAGCUCUUGAAGUUAAGGGAAUAAUGAAACAACCAGCAUUUCCCACAGAUAUGCAACUAUCCAACAAAGAAGAAAAAGGGUUUACGAAAAUGCCAGGUGAUUGCCUCUCCAACAAUACAUCGAAUAAAAGGAGAUCUUUCCAAGACCAUGUUUACAAAUGCAGGGGUAAAGUAAAGGCUGUCAGCUUCCUGUUACCAGUGGACAUCUCGCCUUAUUCUGAAAAUCAAGGUUCUUUCACAUGCCCACAAAAUCAGAACACAAAACAGUUAAGCACCAUCAUUGAAAAGGACAUGUGAGCUAGUGAAUUUUUAAAGGGUCCAUCAGUCGACUUCUGAGAUAAGCAAGCCUUAAGCGAUAGCCCUGUGUCGGAUUACAUUUCUGCAAAGUGUUUUGGCAGAAUGCCCUCCGAGAAUCACCUGGACAGCAUCUGAGGUCACUGGCCAACUGUUCAGCAAGGAAAUAAAACCCAUGAAAGAGACUGUCAAAGGCCUAGGCAGUGAGUGUUGAAACACAGGAGUAACAAAUACAUCUCCAUUGUAUAUUUUUCUAAGCUCUAUGGUUUAUUGCAAGGACUGCAUUAAAUGGCAUUUA